AUGGUUAUGCCCUUCACACCCCCAGCCCUCGUGUCACCGUUGUCCAACACCUUUUGGAACAAGCCCGACGACUUUGAUGUGUGGCGUCUCCCCGAUGACGACAGCGUGCAAAAGGUGACGGUGCAAAAGGACACGAUGGUGCCCAACGCGGUGACGCUGGUCAUCGAGCGCGAGGAUCACACCGUCGGCAACCUGCUGCGCAUGGAGCUGCUGGAGGACAAGGAGGUACUCUUCAGCGGCUAUCGCGUGCCCCACCCCCUCGAGCCGGCGAUCCAGCUCAAGGUGCAGACGAAAUCCGAGGACCCGGGACCUGUCAAGGCGGUGGACACCGCCAUCGAGCGUUCGGUGGCCACGCUCGACAAAAUCGGAGAGGCCUUUGCCAAGGCCAAGGCGCGCCACUGA